GGGGAGGUGGGGGGAGAGGGAGGAGGUGACUUUCCAGCAGCAUUUAGACACAGCGAAAGGAUCAUGGCGGAUGGCCCCAGGUGUAAGCGCAGAAAACAGGCGAAUCCGAGGAGGAAUAACGUUACAAAUUACAACAAUGUGGUGGAAACAAACUCCGACUCGGACGACGAAGACAAGUUGCACAUAGUUGAAGAUGAAAGCCUGACAGACCCUGCAGACUGUGAUAAUAAUUUGCCAGAUGACGAUUUGCCAAGCAACCACGCAGUAUUACCGGAAAAUGGAAGGCGAGGAGAUGAAGAAGGUUGGGAUGAAGAUGUUAAAGAAGAUGACUCCCUGGGGCCUGAUGCUCAUACAGGGGACAUUCAAUUUAAAGUAAAAGACGAGUGUGGCUCAGAAGCUGAAGAUGAACAAAACAAUGACCCAAGUGUAGAAGAAAUCCUACAGCAGGGAGAUACUGCAGUUAUUUACCCAGAAGCACCGGAGGAGGAGCAGAGACAGGGGACGCCUGAAGCCAGCAGUCAUGAUGAAAAUGGGACGCCUGAUGCAUUUUCUCAGCUUCUCACGUGUCCAUACUGUGACAGGGGAUACAAACGCUACACAUCACUAAAGGAACACAUCAAAUAUCGCCACGAGAAGAACGAAGAUAACUUCAGCUGUUCUUUGUGCAGUUACACUUUUGCCUACAGGACGCAGCUUGAUCGUCACAUGACCGCACACAAAUCUGGGCGAGAUCAGCGUCAUGUAGCACAGUCUGGUGGUAAUCGGAAGUUCAAAUGCACUGAAUGUGGAAAAGCGUUUAAAUAUAAGCACCACCUAAAAGAACACUUGCGUAUUCACAGCGGGGAGAAGCCAUAUGAAUGCCCAAACUGUAAAAAGCGAUUUUCCCACUCCGGCUCCUACAGCUCCCACAUCAGUAGCAAAAAGUGCAUUGGGGUCAUGCCAGUGAAUGGCAGACCCCGGCCAGGUGUCAAGACGUCUCAGUGUCCUUCCCCAUCACUGUCCUCAUCGCCAAGUGCCCCUUCCAGAACUCAGCUUCGCGAGAAGAUAGAUAACAGCAAGCCGUUGCAAGAACAGCUUCCUCUAAACCAAAUCAAAACUGAACCUGUGGAUUUUGAGUACAAGCCUAUUGUGGUGUCCGGAAUCAAUUGUGCCGCCCCUCUGCAAAAUGGAGUGUUUAACGGCGGCUCCUCGCUUCAGGCCACCGCGUCGUCUCAGGGCGUGGUGCAGGCGGUGGUUUUGCCAACUGUUGGUUUGGUCUCCCCCAUCAGCAUCAACCUAAGCGACAUUCAGAAUGUUCUCAAAGUAGCAGUCCUCGAGAACGCGCACGCCAAUUCGUCCAAAGAACAAGGAACAAUCGGCUCGGCCACAGUCCAGCAGGGUUCUCAUUCAGUUAUAUCUGCUUUUAGUCUUCCUCUGGUUGACCAAGAUGGAACAACCAAAAUCAUCAUUAAUUAUAGUCUAGAGCAACCCAGCCAAGUUCAGGUACUGCCUCUGAGCCCAAAAAAGGAGAUUCCUGGGAAUACCGAAAUCUGCAAAACUGAAAAGCUGCCGGAAGACCUCACCGUGAAGACGGAGAAAAGCAAAAGUCCAGCGGCCGAAAAUGGCAGCGGCACGUGUUUACUGUGCGACGACUGCCCGAGCGCUUUGAAUGGACUUCAAGAGCCUAAGCACUGCAACUCGAAAUGCAACAGUGGUGCUCAGACCCCUCAGCUGAACGGAACGGACUCGGAGAAAUGUGACUCUGCCGUUUCGUCUCUGCCGCCCGAUGCAAAUGUCUUUCCAGGUCAGCCCCCUCUGAAGAACCUCCUGUCACUCCUGAAGGCGUAUUAUGCCUUAAAUGCACAGCCAACUACGGAGGAACUCUCCAAGAUUUCCGACUCGGUGAACUUACCGCUCGACGUUGUAAAGAAAUGGUUUGAGAAGAUGCAGAGCGGGCAGAUUUCCAUGGAGACUUCAAGUCCGCCGUCUGAAAAGGAGGUCCUCGGCCCCGAGUGCGAUCAAGCGAAAACGGUCUCUCUUCCAGCAGGGGAAUCACAGGAAGGCACCCAGGUGGCCCAGGGCCCGGUCCUAUUGACUACAUCCCAGGUGAUUUCUAUAAGGCCUUUAAACGUGAAGGUCAACGGCUCUAGCAGCACCACUCCUCCUCCGUUACCACUAAAUUUAUCUUCGUCCAGGCCUGUUGCAGUGAAAACAGAAGAGGACUCGGAACAGGAUGCCCAGGCAGAGCCCCUUGAUCUUUCACUACCAAAGCAACCCAGAGAGAACGCGGACCGAGCCACCAGUACCAGUGUUUACCAGAACAGUGUUUACUCCGUUCAGGAAGAACCCUUGAAUUUAACUUGCACAAAGAAGGAGCAGCCUGUAAGCGACAGUAUUACUACAAACCCAAAUCCUAUUUAUGUUAGUUCCUCAAGUGCCAAUCCUAUUAACAUUGCCAUCCCCACUGUCACCACUCAGCUCCCGACUAUUGUGGCCAUUACUGACAAGAACAGCGUUCCUUGUCUGAGGGCUCUGGCUACCAACAAAUCGACCAUCCUUAUCCCGCAGGUGACGUACACGUACUCAACGAUGGCCAGCAGCCCAGCCGGAUGUGAAGCUCAACAGAAAGCAGUGCAGACGAAUGGAAACCAGGAUGAAAGACAGGACACGAGUUCGGAGGGAGUGUCGACCGUAGAAGAUCAGAAUGACUUGGACUCCACUCCUCCGAGGAAGAAGAUGAGGAAGACAGAAAACGGAAUGUAUGCAUGUGACUUGUGUGAUAAAAUAUUCCAGAAAAGCAGCUCCCUGUUGAGACACAAGUACGAACACACCGGUAAGAGGCCCCAUGAGUGUGGGAUAUGCAACAAGGCUUUCAAACACAAGCACCACUUGAUUGAACACAUGCGACUGCACUCUGGCGAGAAGCCAUACCAGUGCGACAAGUGCGGCAAGCGGUUCUCACACUCCGGCUCCUACUCGCAGCACAUGAACCAUCGAUACUCCUACUGCAAAAGGGAAGCCGAGGAGCGGGAGGGUCCCGAGCAGCACGAGGAAGAGGAAGACGAGGCAGAAGGAGAGAACGGCGUCACGGAGGAGAUCCAACUGUCUGAAAGCCGGGCUGCCUCUCCUCCUUCACACAUGGACUCUGAUGACAGAGAGAGCAGCACCCGGGAAGACGAGGAGAGCGAGAAGGAGGACGAGGAGGAUGAGGAAGAGGAGACGGAGGUGAAAGCGGAAUGCACGGAAAGUCAGGCACAGGAAGAAGAAGAAGAAGAGGAGGAGGAGGUGGAGGAGAAGAAGAAGGUAGUGGAGCAGCAGGGAGCAGAGAAAGAGGAGGAGGAGGAAAGUGCAAAGGAAGCGGCGGCCAUCAAAAACCCAAGCCAAGAUUCGGAGGAUCAGCAGCAGCCUCCUGAAGGCAGCAGCGUUAAGGAAAUAUGAAGUCGAAUGGAUUUUUAUUUUUCUAAAAAUGAAAAAGAGAAAAAAAAAAAAAGAAGAAGAAGAAGAAAUACAAAACCACAGUUUGCUCUAUACAAUUUUAAAUUUUAUUAUUGAAAACACAGUAGCGUAGAUGCUGUGUUUCUGUUCACUACUGUGUUUAAAAUCCAGGUGUGCCUGAACCUCGAAAACUAGUAACUUUUCCACAUGAAAAUUUUCAGUGUUAGAAAAUUAAGUUUGUAAAAAUGCAGGAAGUUUAACAAAAAAAAACAAAAAAAAAAUGCAUAUACUGACUUUGAACGCUAGGUUUAACAGGUUUUAGAUAAACGUUUUGUUACGAUGACAUCCUGGAUCAUUUACUUUGUCAGUGUUACUAAUUUCUUCACUCAUGUUAUAAUCUUUUAAGCUGUACAGUUGGGAGAGAUUUCUAUACCUUUUUAUUGCCAAUGAAUUUGCUAAAUCAGUAUUUUAUUAAGUUGAAAGAGAAGAACCUCUGCACUACAGUAUUCCUGGUUUACCUAAGCAUGUAACAUGCUUCAGUGUUACCCUUCAGUAUUACGGCACUAGCGUUUAGAUGUUGAACCAUUAGCCGAUGAUGUUAGCAUAGCAUUUGUUUAAAGUGAAUAAUAGUUAGCCUUAACUGAGCAAGUCCUAGGGAUCUACGUAGACGUUUGGGUCGGAGAAAUUAAAUCAGUCGACGACUGUUGUCAUUGCGACAAUUUCCAAGCAGGGAACAGAAUUUCAAAGCCAGUGUUGAAUCGUUUUGUCUCGUCGUUGGCUCUUUGUUUUCUUAAGAUUGUUACGUUUCAUUUUGCCGUCAGUGUUAGAAAGUCCUCUAUCUCGUGCAAGCCACAAGGUAGUCAACGCCGUCAAAGAGGUUUUCCGUACAAUCGGCCUCUUUAAAUGAAGUUUAAAUUAAAAAAAAAAAAAGAAGAA